CGAAUGGCGGCUGCACGGUGGUGCACACACUUCCUGUGCAUCCUGGCGUCCCUCGUGGCACGUCCUCUGUUUUUUGGCGACGCCGACGGCGCCAGAAGGUCGAUUUUCUAGUCACCUUGUUGCCGGGCGUGUUUGUUGUGUGCUUGGCCCGCCAUGAUGGUCGACGCGCGCAGCCACGCCCUCCCCCCCUCAGCUCGAGGUGUGAGCAAAGGCUCACGUCGGCACGCGCCCCUCCACGCCCACUCCUUCGCCGAGAUGCCCUCGUUCAAGCUGGCCCUCGAGCGUCACGCGUCAUGCGACAGCACCUGCGAGGCCACCAACUGCUUCAGACAGAGCCUGCUGCAGGCUCUGCAGGAGCGUCUCCCUCUCCCCACGGCCACGGUGUCGAUGCCGGCAGUCAGCGAGGGCGACAAGGGGCAGUGGCUGGGCGGGGUGGGUGUUGGUGUUGGUGUGGGUGGGGGCACGGGCACGCCGCCCAAGAUGGUGCAGAGGAACCUGGUCAGCUACCUCAGCCGGCACUCUGACGCGGGACACACACCGAGACGGGCCAUUUCGGCACUCGACUACAUCACCCCACACCGAUCCCUCAGCCUCCUCAUGUACGAGAGCGACAGCGACGAAGACGAGAAAAAGAAGACCACCACCACUGGCACCACCGAGGGUGAUCUGCGGUUCCAGCCCAUCCGGGAGGAGGACAGCCCGGUCAAGAGCGAGGCCGAUGGCGACCUGCAGGUACCCCUCUUGCCAUGCCAGAGCAGCACGGCCAACGCCAGCACGGGGAGCGGCGAUGCGGGGUCGCCUCGCGUCUUGUCGCCCUCACUCUCGCCAUCGGCUGAGGGGCUGGGUGGUGACAGCGCCGCCACGUCGCCCCCCUACCAGGGCGCCGUCACGCGCGAGCCGUCGUCGGCCAUCUACAUGCGCAGCCAGAGUCUGCCCCCGUUUGUGGGUGCCGUGGUGCCCUGCACCACAACCACCCUCUCGUCGUCCCGUCUGUCCCUCCCCAGCCCCCUGACCAUCCCCACCGUGCGGCUGCCAUCCACCGUUCCCUCACCCAAUGACACCAGCAGCAAGACAGCGAGCUCCACACAGCCGACGCCCCCUUCCUGCUCCUCCCCCCCUCCCUGCGCCCCCUCCCCCGCCCCCAGCUCACAGGCGACUCAGAUCGAGCCGCCCAGCGACGCUCGUGACCGCCGCGACGAGUCCCGUGACAACACCAAGCUGAUGCUGCCCGACGCCAUCCUCCGUGAGCACCGCUACGGCCGGGUGCUGUCGCCGUGUGUUCGCGACAGCUCCACCGAUGCGAGCGACGACCGGCAGAGCGGCGGGCAGACGGACGAUAGCGGCAGUAAGGACGACGGGGCGGCGGGGAUGGGCGGAGGGCUGGGGCUGUGUAUCCCGGGCCUCGUCAACCGGCGGUCCGGCGACGCUGCCAACGGCGAGAUGCGCACUCCAAUGGCAUUCCUCCAGUGGUGAGAUCUGACGCACGCACAGGACAGGAAGGGGUAUACUCUUCCUCCAGCAGCUGACGAGUGUUUCUCCGUGUUCGUUUCGUUUGUGGAACAACCAACAGGGCUCCAGCUGAGUUGCCGCCCGAUGACUGCAAGGAGUCGACACCGAAAAUCAAAUGGAAGGACCCGCUCAUAGAGGUACGUACGCCAGGCAGACUCAGACAGACAGACAGACAGACAGACAGAGGGGAAUGAUGACUGACACACAUACACGUGUGGUUCCUGUGUUUGUGGCCACCCAGGUUCACGAGUACCCUGCCGAGUAUGACUGCUACGACCGGCACGACAGUCUGGAGAAGGAGCUGUUUGAGCAGGCCCUGCGGCUCGACAUGAUCGACGGCAUGCCGCCCACCAACUCACCCAGACGCAUUAGCCCACGGUACGGCGCACACACACACACACGCACGCACACACACACGGGCCAUGCACAGGCCAGGCCUAUCAUAUGUGUGUAUGUGUGUGUGGAUGGGUGUCAGGAGUUACGCCGAGAAGGACAAGGAGGGAUACGCGCUGCGCCGCAACAGCUCGUCGUCCCUCUCACCCACCACUCCCGCCAAGCUCCCAAAAGACAGCACCAACACACAAGAGGGAGGCGGCCAACAGGCAGACCACGGUGCCGCAGACGAGGCCGACGAGGAGGACACGGACUCAUCGGAGGAUUCGACCGACCUCAGCAACAUCAUCUCCACCCUCUCCCGCACCCGCAACUCCAUCCAGCAGCUCGACCCGCUCAGACGCAUCUCGCUCAGCGCCCCACGGGCCCUCCACCCCGUCACGCCCACACUCAAGCGCGUCAGCGACGGGGCCAGCGGCAGGGGCGACGAGACGCGUCGCAGCAAGACACCUGUGAUGGGGUUCGGUGCCUUUGUCGAGGACGAGACGUCACCCACAGGCCGGCGGUCGGGGGCUCAUGAGGGCGACAGCAGUGGCGAGAACAAACGGGCCAGCUACGAGAGGGGCGGGUCGGGCGUGAGCAGCCUGGAGAGCGACAGCGACAAGGAGGGGGAAGACAGCAGUGCAGCGGCAGCGGCGGGCAGGAAGAAGGACAGCUCAUCGCCAUUGGCAAGGGGUGGGGGUAUCGCUUACGAGAGGGGUGCGUCUGGUGUGAGCUCUCUGGAGUCAGACAGCGACAAGGAGGGAGAGGGACCUCCCCCUGCAUGCUCGCGCGAGCGGCGGGGGUCGGGCCCCAUCUCCAUCGAGUCGGACGACGACAAGUGACUAUAGCACGGGACGGACAGGCAUGCGGGCAUUUUAAGCAUGUCUGAGUCUGUCUGUCGUUGUGAGGGAGUCAGGGAGGGAGGGAGGGGGUGGGGGUGGGGCUGGUGCGGGUGGUCAAUCAGUGGUGUAUAUAGCCGACCGAGACAUGGUGUGGUGUGGUGUGGUGUGUACUAGCGAAGGUGUAAGGGAGGAUGGCUGGAUGGCUGUUUGUUUGUCUGUUUGUGGUGUGUGCAUAACAAACAUACGCACACACACACACACACACACAUUCUCGGAGCGCGGUAGCUUGUGUGUCUCUGUGUGUGUGUAUGUCUGUUUGUCGGUUGGUGGGUCCUGUAUGCCUAUGAUUGAUCGAUCUAUUGCGGCCUGAGGAGCGUCGUGCUGUGUUGUGUGGACCGAUGUCGAUUUUUCCGAGACGUAUCUACUUGCUUGCUGGCUUGCUUGCUUAUUAUACUGCCUGAAUGCAUGUGUAUGGCUGAUAUAUGCGAUGCGUCCAUAUCUAUCUAUCCAUCCACAUGAUGUGUCCGUCCAUCUUGGUGUGUGCUGUGCAAUGUCGUGCCUGCUCGCCUUGCUCUUGGUAGCCAGCCCCACUUGGCGUGCUGCUCAGGUCUCACAGGUAAAAGCUCUUCCACCACUCACUCUCUCUCUCUCUCUGUCUCUCUCUCUCUCGGUGUCGGCCCUUGCUCACUCUCUCCCUCUCGGUGUCGUGCUGGUCUCUCGGCCGUUUGUCGUUGGCUCUAGGGCGUGGCGUGUGCGCGUGGUGUUCGUGUGCUUGCUGGCGCAGUGGAUGGACCUCUGUUUUGCUCUUCGGAGGACUUUUGUUGCAUUCAUGAGACUCAAUCGCUUGCUCACUCACUAACUCACUCACUCACCCACUAACUCACUCACUGACUCACUGACGCACUGGUGCAUCCAUUCACUCACCAUUAUUCAACCGAUUUACUGGAUCGGCUCGGUCUUUGGUAGCUAUAGCUUGCCCGACACACACGCGAUCUGACACACACACAUACACACAGACAGACAGACAGACAGACAACCUGGCUGGCUAAUGCUUGUACCAAUUGAGAGAGGCACACAGACAGACAGGGAGGGAGGGCGGCAGACCGGCAUAGCUGCAACUUGAGGGAGAGCGAGCAGACUGGAGAUUGGUUAGGUAGGUAGGUACAUGCAUUGUUAUGUGCAGAAGCCACCCAUGUAUGUACCUCUGACGUACAUACGUAUUGUGUACGCGUGCAUGUGUGUGCGUGUGUGUGUGUGUUGCCGUUGCGCUGCGUUUUGUAAGUGCGCCAUCUCAUGCUGUGGUGCCGUGUCGUCUCAUGCUGUACGUGCCCAUGCCGUGCCACCCACCACCCGCCCACCCAUUGGUGUCCUGUGUGUGUGUGCUGGUGUGUUUUGUGGUUCUUUUGCAGUCAAUGUUUGUCCGUCUUUCUCUCUCUCUCUCUCUCUCUGCAUAUGUGUGUGUGUGUGUGUGUGUACAGCUAGCUAAUGUGACCUGCAUGCGCCCGCUUGUGUGUGUUGUGCGGGCUCAGCAAGCGACAGCCAGGACACAAUGAUGGUGGUGGUGGUGGUAGUGAAUGGAGGACAGGGCAACCUGGUAUGUAAGGAGACUCACUCACUCAUGGACAGACAGACAGACAGACAGACGGCACGAGUAGAAACGUCGAUUGGUCGCCUACACACACGCACCGACAUCCGUAUUGUGACAAGCGCCUCGUGCUACGUCCAUCCAUGGCCUGGUUGUUCUGUUUGCGCACAUUGAGCUGGAAAUUUGCCGUCUGCUCGGCUGAAUCUGCGGCUCGGUGUGGCUGAGAGAAUACACAGGUCAUGAAUGAUGACAUACACGACACGACGAGGCGAGUAUAACUGACUGACUGACUGACUGACUAUCUGUCUGGGGGGAGCUUUCCCUCGAGAAGCCGGGCGUUUCGUGUCUGUGAAAUCUGGGUGUGCAGCGGGGCGGAUAACACCAAGGGCAGCAGCGAGCACCUGUUUGUCCGUUGUGUUCUCCAUCUGCGGCGCACCCAGACAUCUGCAGACAGAGACUGCCUGGCACAUGGUGCGAGUGCGUAUGGGUGCACAUAUAUAUACGGGCCUUCCACAACAAUGGCCGUGGUAGCCUGACUGACUGACUGACUGACUGUUUUUGUGUGUGGAUGGAAGAUGGAGUGUUGUGGCUGUUGCGUGCCUGUCUGUGUGUCUGUCGAUCUCUCUACGGACGAUACUUUAUUGGUCUGGAUGGCUGGCUGGCUAGGUGCUUGGUUGGGUGGUUGGGUGGAUGCUGGUGCCCGCAUGUGGGCUGUUUGUGGACGGUGUGCUGAGGUGUGGUGUCGUGUGCUAUGGUGUGCAUUCAUCUAUCUACCUAUCCAUCGCCUGUUGCUUCCCUACUUGCUCUCUCUGUGUCCCUGCAUCUCAUCUGUCUUGUGUGUGUGUGUGUAGGUAGGUAGGGUUUAUGAGCCUAUAUUGGUCUGUCCGUGCGUGUGUCAGGUUGAUUGGUUGAUUGCAUUGGAUUGGAUUGCAUCCGGGGGAAGGAUGAUCGAUAUCGAUGUGUACACAUAGAUGCGUACAUACAUGCAUACAUACAUACAUAAUGCAUACCUGCAUAUACACACUGACUAAUGUAUACGUAUACGUGGUGUGCAUGUCACUGCCUGCCUGCCUGCCUACUGCUAGCGGCGCAGAUCAGAUCAUGCGAUGCGAUCGAUGGCGCCUGUUUUUGAGACUACACUGGCUCACUCACUCACUCACUUACACACUGACUCCCGCAACGAAUGCGACGAAUGCGAUCGAUGCUUUGAUAACGAUGUGACCCGAAGACACACACACACACACACACGAUCGCGAUCGGUCCCCCAGAACAUCCAUGUAUCUGUCUCCCCGCCUUCCGGUGCGUCUUAUCUGUUCACGCGUGUGUGUCCAUGUGUGUGUGUGUGUGUGUGUGCGUUGCGGCGCUGGGCUGGCUUGCUGGUGGCCGGCUCGGUGGCGCUGCUGUGAAUUAAGUCAUGGUGUGCUUGGGGUCUGCCUGCCUCUGUGCGCGUGUGUAUGUGUGUGUGUGCGUGUGCAUAGAUACAUGAUACAUCUGUGGUCCGCCUCGCCUCGCCUUCAGGCGUGUGCAGAGCGCAUUACUGAGCUUGUCCAUCCACCGACCGGCCGACCGCAUCAUGCACGCAAUCACAUUGGUUGUUGUUUGCUCCCGUAUGGCUCACUCACUCAGUGCCUGCCUGCCUGCCUGUGUGCAUGUCCUGUGCCGUGUCUCUCUGUGUGUCUGUGUGUGUACAGAAGGUCGUCUUCACACAUUGUGCGAUGUACCGUGACCACUCACUCUUCCUGGCUGUCUGUCUGCGUGUCGUUGACAUCUCUUCUAGUGCAUGCAAUGCAUGGAUGGAUGGAUGCUGCUGCUGCUGCUCAUCUGUAUGAUGCCACGGACAGGACACACACACACAGCGGUGUCCAUCCAUCACUCUAAACCAUCGUUCGAU